AUGAGUAUACUGAGAGUUCCGAUUCGAGCUACAAGUUCAAAUGGAAUCCUUCGUCUUCUCAUAGCUGGACAAGCUCUUUCCUACUCAUGGAAUAUGACAGCGAGAAGUAUAAACAAGCUUCGUUAUCCUCUUCGCAAUUACCUCUUUAACUACUCCUUCUACUUCGAGCAACUUAAAUUGUCUCUUUGGCCUCAAAAAUUUUAUCCUGUUGGUCUUCCCUCUGUAUCUACAGAUUCGAAGUCAUCAAUCGUCUCCAGGUCAGCUAGUGGUGAUAAAAGAGUUUCACUUGGCGCCGGUGUUCAUCCCUUUCUUGAGUUUACAGCGGACGCCCUUUCUGUGCGCAUCAGGCGAUUUCAAAAACUAACUGAGAUCCUUCUGUCUCGAUAUGCCAGGGCUAUCGCCUAUGAACAGGUAAUACUUACUCGGAUGGCGGAUAUCUCAAUUGACUGCUACGCCGCAAUCGCUUGUCUUUCGAGGGCCAAUCGAUCAGCUGAUCUGCAGUUGAGCAAUUGGGAGCAUGAGGUAAUUUUUAUUUAA